AUGCUGUUCGCUGCUCGGCUGGCGACCGCGCUGACGCUCGGCCUCUCCUUGACAGGCCUGGCCUUGUCCGAAUUGUCUCCUCGGGUCGUUCACGAGUCGCGUAGCGCCGUUCCAUCCGGGUGGACGCUCGUCCGCCGCGCCGAGCCUCAUACCACCCUCCCACUUCGCAUCGGUCUUGCACAGUCGAACCUGGAGAACCUCGAGUCCUACAUCCUCGACGUGUCGCACCCCGAGUCGCCAAAUUACGGCAAGCACUGGAGCCCAGCCCAAAUCGCGCAGACCUUCCGUCCAUCCGCCGAGUCUGUUGACACGGUUCGCACAUGGCUGGUCGAGAGCGGCAUCGAGGCACACCGCGUCAAGCUUAGCAAGAGUGGUGGGUGGUUACUCGCCAAUGUCACAGUCUCGGAGGCCGAGUCGCUGCUCGGUGCGGAAUACUAUGUAUAUCAGCACGAUGUCGAGGAACAGCCCGAGCACUUAGCGUGCGCAGGGAAGUACCACCUUCCGGAGCAUGUAUCGAAGCACGUCGAGCUCGUGACACCGACGCUGCAUUUCGACGCAAAGCUCAGGAGGAGGAACGAACCGUCCGGAAAUGCACGCACGAUCGGGCAACCCGGACAAAGUACGAGCUACCCCAAAACCACUGGCACGAUCUCGGAGGUUCUCACCGAGCUUGAGGACUGUGACGAGCGGAUCACACCGAUAUGUCUGCGGGCGCUGUACGACUUUGUGUACGAGCCGCUUGUUCCUAACAAGAACACUAUUGGUAUCGUCGAAUACACGCCGCAAGCGUACGUUCCCACUGAUCUCGACAUAUUCUUCAGUAACUUUUCGUCCGAGCAAGUGGGCGAACGACCGACUCUCGUCAGCAUUGAUGGAGGGUUUAUACAAAGCAACCAAACGGGAUUCGAUUACAAUGGAGAACCCAAUCUCGAUCUGGAGUACGCCAUGUCCCUUGUGGGUCCCAAGCAACCGGUCACGCUCUAUCAGACAGGAGACGAUGUAGAAGGCGCCUCGUUCAACAACCUCCUCGAUGCCCUGGAUGCGUCUUACUGCACAUAUGAGGGCGGUGAUGACCCGACAGAGGAUGGAAUCUAUCCAGACCCUUACGGAGGAUAUGAAGGCCCCGAGGCAUGUGGGACGGUGACGCCUGCACACAUCAUUUCCACGUCCUACAGCUCCAACGAGGCCGAUCUCACGCCCUUCUACAUGGAACGCCAAUGUUAUGAAUAUGCAAAGCUCGGACUAAUGGGUAUCACUUUCCUGUACUCCUCCGGUGACUAUGGUGUCGCUGGGUAUGGAAACGUCUGCCUUGAGCCUAACGGCACGCAAGCCGUCGGCGCACCGAUAUUCAAUCCCACAUUCCCUUCGACGUGCCCUUACGUGACUAGUGUGGGUGCGACGCAGGUCAACCCAGGCGCUGCGGUAUAUGAACCAGAGAGCGCGGCGGAUCAAGUGAUCUACUCGAGCGGCGGCUUUUCUAACGUGUUUGCGAUGCCGAGCUACCAAGAGACGGCCGUCAAGAAUUACCUGACGAAGUACCCACCGCCAUACUCUCCGGAACUCUAUAAUACCUCGGGCACUUCGCGUGCAUUCCCCGAUCUCUCUGCUAACGGUGUAAAUUAUGCGAUCACGGUUCAGGGCGAGUGGUACCUCGUUUACGGAACGUCCUGCUCCUCGCCCGUGAUGGCGGCCAUCCUCUCCGCGGUCAAUGAUGCGCGCUUGGCUGCUGGCAAGAGCACGAUCGGUUUUAUCAACCCCACCAUCUACACUCCUACAUUCAUGGCGGCGUUCAACGACAUCACAACUGGUUCAAAUCCCGGUUGCGGCACAGAGGGGUUCUACGCUGAACCCGGAUGGGACCCUGUUACAGGGGUCGGCACCCCCAACUUCGCCAAGCUUCUCGCGCUCUGGCUUCUCUUGCCUUGACGAAGAACCGGUGUUCUGUGUAAGCGGUAUGUGUAAAAUACAUUACGGAUAUCACUGGAGUCACAUGCGGUAUAUGUGAGCUGGUGGUUAUCCAGACGCACAACGUUCAAUGUUCCUUCGGGCUGGGGUUAUACAUAGUAGACAAGAUGCCAAAUGUCAUACAUGUUAUUGUGCGCAAA